UCUGACCACAAGACACGUCCCAUAAUGCCUUGCGGCACGUCAAUAUGGCGAUGCCCGUGUGCAGGUGCCGGAAUCUGUACGGAUCGGAAUGAAAAAUAAGCAUGUAAUUUAACUGACAUAUCUAGAGUCCAGAUAAAACCAUUAUGUGGCAAAUAUGAGAGCGCUGUUUACAGUUUGUAAACGUCUGAGUGAAAAGGCACUUGUGGGUCCAUCUCCGACCCUGAGCUGGGUGCCUCGGCGCCCGCGGUCAGUCGGGGGAAUCCCCGCCUGCAACCCUUCGGCCAGACGGCUUGUGUUCAGUCCGUCAUCCGAGGUGCUGGAGAAGCUGCGAGGGCAUGUGGAGGUGAGGGAGAACUUCAUCAGCGAAGAGGAGGAGAGGGCUUUGCUCAGGGAGCUGGAGCCGGGGCUCAAGAAGAAGCGAUACGAGUUUGACCACUGGGACGAUGCGAUUCACGGCUACCGGGAAACGGAGCGACUGCGAUGGGGCCCCGAGUGUCAGGCGAUACUGGAGCGUCUCAGGAGUGCGGCUUUCCCGCAGGGCAGUCAGCAGCUCGGCCCCGUGCACGUCCUAGAUCUUGACCAGAAAGGGUACAUAAAGGCGCAUAUUGACAGCGUGAAGUUCUGUGGCAGCACUAUAGCUGGAGUGAGUUUGCUGUCAGACAGCGUGAUGCGACUGGUCAGCGAGGAUAACGUGGAACACUGGGCGGACCUGCUUCUGCUAAGGCGAUCUCUGUACAUCAUCAGGGACCGGGCAAGAUACAAGUUCACACACGAGGUGCUGAAAGACGAGGAUUCGUUCUUCUUAGGGGAGAGAAUACCCCGGGACCGCCGCAUUUCAGUAAUUUGCCGGAACCUUCCUGCCUGACGCGAGAGAGAUGGGGACAUAUUUCAGUGCAGCACAGCUUUUAUUGAUUUGUAAUGCCUAUAUUUAAAGAUAAAGAAAACUCUACCGAGCUGGAUAUAUUUGAAUUAGUGAUUAUUGCUAUUUAAAUUGUAUUGUAUCCGAUGUUUAUUUUUUCAUUUGAAUUAAAUAAAAAUGGUUAUUGUAGACAA